CUGCACUACGGGACCCUCCUGGGCAGCAGAGCUUGUGUCCACAUGGCAGCAGCUGCCUGGGCCACUGGGUUUCUCAAUGCUCUGCUGCACAUGGCCAAUACAUUUUCACUGCCCCUGUGCAAGGGCAAUGCCGUGGGCCAGUUCUUCUGUGAAAUCCCCCAGAUCCUCAAGCUCUCCUGCUCACACUCCUACCUCAGGGAACUUGGGCUUAUUGUAUUUAGUCUGUUAAUCAGUUUUGGCUGUUUUGUGUUCAUUGUGGUGUCCUAUGUGCAGAUCUUGAGGGCCGUGCUGAGGAUCCCCUCUGAGCAGGGACGGCACAAAGCCUUUUCCACCUGCCUCCCUCACCUGGCCGUGGUCUUUCUGUUGGUCAGCACUGCCAUGUUUGCCUACCUCAAGCCCCCCUCCAUCUCUUCCCCAUCCCUGGAUCUGGUGGUGUCUGUUCUGUACUCAGUGCCACUGGCUGUUUAA